UUCACCGGACACGUCUAGCCGUUGGGCGUGUUUUCAUUUCCAAAACGAGGCGGAGCUUGAAUUCCAAACUGGAUUGAGUUCCUCCCGAUACGUCACUCUGGGAUAGGCUGCGAGCAAUCGAGCAACGCUGUCAGUCAACAGGGUUUCGGGUUGGUUACCUAGGCGUUCUCGGGACGGGACCCCCAAGCAGGAGAAAGUAGCCUUGCCCAUCGCGGGUUUAGGCUCUGGGUUUAAAGUGAUCGCCAGUCCCACAGCUUUCGUCGAAACUGCCAGUAGGGAUUCAUGCUGUGUUGGUUAGCUAAAUGCGGUACGAAGCUAAAAUGAUGCCGAUGUUCCUGACAGUGUACCUCAGUAACAAUGACCAGCAUUUUACUGAGGUUCCCGUUACCCCGGAGACGCUGUGCCGGGAUGUGGUGGAGCUGUGCAAGGAGCCGGGGGAGGCAGACUGCCACCUGUCUGAGAUGUGGCGUGGAUCUGAACGAGCUGUAGGUGACGGGGAGAGGAUGCUGGAUGUGCUCCAACGAUGGGGACAACAUAGGGCCGAGGUGCGCUUCUUCCUGCGUCACAAUCGAGCCCCUAGCAGGGAAUCGGGUGGGUCAAGAGGCUCAGAGCAGAAGAGGAAUGGAGUGAAGGGUCCCCCAGACAGAAGAAUGGAGAAUGGGGUGGCGACACCCCGGAUGGACAUGACGCUGGCCGAACUACAAGAGAUGGCUGCCAGACAGCAGCAACAAAUAGAAGCUCAACAACAGCUCCUUGCUUCCAAGGAGCAGCGGCUGCGCUACUUGAAGCAGCAGGAGCAGCGUCAGCAGCAGCAGGCCUCGGAGCAGGAGAAGCUGCAGCGCCUCCGAGAGAAUAUUGAGAACCAGGAAACUCGGCUCAAGAAGGUCCGGGCCCUCAAGGGCCAAGUGGAGCAGAAGCGCCUCAGUAAUGGCAAACUGGUGGAGGAAAUAGAGCAGAUGAACAACCUGUUCCAGCAGAAGCAGAGAGAACUAGUGAUGGCUGCGUCCAAGGUGGAGGAGCUUAGCCGACAGCUGGAGUUGCUCAAAAAUGGCAAAAUGGACAACUUCAAUGACAACCAGAGCUCUGUGGCUGAACUAGAUCGCCUCUACAAGGAGCUACAGCUGAGGAACAAGCUCAACCACGAUCAAAACUCUAAGUUGCAGCAGCAGAGAGAGGGCCUGAACAAGCGCAACCUGGAGGUGGCUGCCAUGGACAAACGGAUCAGUGAGCUCCGAGAUCGGCUGUGGAAGAAGAAGGCAGCCCUGCAGCAGAAGGAAAACUUGCCUCCUCAGAUUCCCUGGCAUUCAGAGCUCACCCAUGCCAAUAAUGGCUAUCCUGGUAAAGAGAGGGCUUCAAAAGACACUCAUCUUCAGGUGCCCUCUGAUGGCCAAGCUGGACAGCAGUCAGGUCCGUCUCGCGUGGCGGCGGUUGGCCCAUACAUCCAGUCGUCCACCAUGCCCAGGGGCCCAAUGAGGCACGACCUGCUUGUAAAACCAGCCUACCCGGACGGCACUGCCACCCUUCCAGCCCACGACCCACAGAGCAAGGCCGGCACAGCAGGAGCAGAGGAGUCUGGGACACAUGCUGAUUGUGAUGUCACUCUGAGCUCAGAAGAAGCCAUGUUCUUGCUUAAGCCUCUGAAAGAGCUGCGGGCUAAGAGAAAAGGCCUUCAGCCAUCCAAGCUGGCAGACUGGGACUCUUCAGGUCCAGAAUCCACCACCAACGGUCAUGGUUCAGCUUCAACACUGCCACGAAUGACCUCUCACUCCAACUCUAACACAGAACAAGAUGAGACAGAACUGAAGCGGGACAGGAAGGUGCGUCCAUUUUCUAUGUUCGAGCCAACGGAGGCUCCCACUACCUCCCUCCGCAAAAACCAGAGCAGUGAUGACCUGGUCAGGGACGCUCAGUCUGCUCCAAAAGCUCCAGUCAAGGUGCCUCCUCCUGUUCCCACCAAACCAAAAGGCCCUGGUGCCAUGCCCUACGGCAAACCAGGUCUCAACACGGGCACCUUCCCCAAAGCCAAGCCCCACAGCCAGCAGCCCCCGGCUGCUCAGGGCCGCAACCCUCUCCCGCCCUCACAAAGCCAGACACUCCCCCUACCCUCCAAGCAGGACACUCCACCUGCAGCCACGGUACGGCCCUUCACCCCAGAGCUGCCCUCCUCCAAAGAUGCCAGCCUGAGUAAGCCCCAGACCUUAGCGGCCAGCUCCAUUUACUCCAUGUACACGCAGCAGCCUGGCUCAGGGAAGCCUUUCAACCAGCCUGGGGUGCAAGGCGCUCUCAACAGGUCUCAGACCCGCACCAAUGGAUUUGUCAGUGUGUACGGUAAACCAGUGAUCCCCAGUGGAGGCUCCCUACAUCCAGAGAACCCGUACAUGGACCGACGCUCCCCUGCCCUAGAAUCUGAGGUUGACCACAAUGGAGCCAACAACAUGGGUCCCAGCCCAACUGAGGGCCCUCAACCAGAAACAGAGCGCACCCCCCGGCCCCUCAGCCCCACCAAGCUGCUUCCUUUCAUUUCCAACCCAUACAGGCAUCAGAGUGAUGGUGACCUGGAAGCCCUAAGAAAGAAACUCUACAAUGCCCCAAGGCCCCUGAAGAAACGCAGCUCCAUCACUGAACCAGAGGGUCCUGCAGGGCCCAACAUUCAGAAACUCCUCUACCAGAAGACCACACUGGCAGCUAUGGAGACUGUGACUACACCAACCACUCCCACCUAUGCUGGUGAAGCAGAGAAGGCGACGGAGGGAUCUGUGGGGCCACAUGUUCCAAGCCCUCCGAGUGGUGCAGAGAACCACCCAUCAGAAACGGGACAGACUCUGGAGGGAGGUCAGCUCUCGUCUCACAUCCCAGGUGCUAAUGUCCCUGUUCCAGCACCUGCUGAACAGAACAAACCAUCUUCAGCCAUCCCAGAGAGCGAGGACAUUAUCCCACCUCCUCCCCCAUCCCACCCAGCUCCCAGGCCAGAUGACGCUCUUUUCCCACCACCACCAAUUGCUGGCUUGGAGGACUCAAUGGCCAGCCUGCCCCCUCCACCUCCAGAAGGCUUCCUGGAAGAGUUCCCCCCCUACCCACCACCCCCAUACCCCAGUGGAGCAGAGCAGGACAGCUUGGGAGAAGACACUUUUACCAUGAAGGCACCUGAGGUCACUGGCCAGGUCACUCUGCCACCGGGAAAGAGGACCAACUUACGCAAGCUUGGCUCUGUACGCAUCGACCACGACAUGAGAGUGAAGUUCAACCCGCUGGCUCUGCUGCUGGACUCUUCUCUGGAGGGAGAGUUUGAUCUGGUCCAGAGAAUCAUCUAUGAAGUGGAGGAUCCCAGUCAGCCCAACGAUGAAGGCAUCACUGCUCUGCACAAUGCCGUCUGUGCCGGACAUACGGAGAUUGUCAAGUUUCUGGUUCAGUUUGGUGUCAAUGUCAAUGCUGCUGACAGUGACGGCUGGACACCUCUUCACUGUGCUGCAUCCUGCAACAAUGUGCAAGUGUGCAAGUUCCUGGUGGAGUCUGGCGCGGCAGUGUUUGCUAUGACUUACAGCGACAUGCAAACGGCAGCUGAUAAAUGUGAAGAGAUGGAGGAGGGCUAUACCCAGUGCUCUCAGUUCCUCUAUGGUGUGCAAGAGAAGAUGGGCAUCAUGAACAGGGGGGUGGUCUACGGUCUGUGGGACUACAAUGGCGAAAACCCUGAUGAACUGUUGUUCCGCGAGGGAGACUGCAUGUCCAUCAUCCGCAGAGAAGACGAGGACGAGAUCGAAUGGUGGUGGGCACGCAUGGGCGACAAUGAGGGGUACAUUCCCCGAAACCUCCUAGGGCUCUACCCUCGAAUAAAGCCAAGACAGAGAACCCUGGCUUAAAACACAAAGAUCCCUGCACAUUCCAGUUUGCCAGAACUCUACACACACACACACUCACUCACUCACUCACUCACUCACUCACUCACUCACUCACUCAUGCACACACACACACUUACUCAUGCACACCCACAGGCUUAAACAGACUGGGGAAGAGAAGGACACUGCUGAAAUGAAGAGACAAGGACAGACCAAAAGAUAUGAAGGAUCAACUAUGAACUCUUUCUGGCACUUUUUUUCUGCAUCUACAACAGAGGGAUUCUCCCUCACUUAUUUUUCCAGGCCACACUGUGUACUGGGUACUAAAGACACUAUUGGCAUUGUUUUCCUUUACUCCAUUGUUUUUGUUGUUUUUGUACUUAGUGUCUGAAACUAUUUCUGAACUGACAAACUCAAAUGUUGGGAUGUAAAUGGAACAAGCAGUAUUUUUAUUGCUCCCUGUAAUUUUUACACUUUUAAAUAGUCUUUUAAAAUGGGUUUUCUGGGCUACACACUUGGGGCUCAACAUUGGAUGAGGUGAACAAGUGGAUGAUGAUGAUGAUAAUGAUGCUUUUGAAAUGCUCUGUUACCAUGACAAUCUUUGGUGGGCUUGUUUCUCGUCAUCUGUGUUGAGUGACUGUUCUGUCUUUAUAACUGCACUAGAAGUAAAGUUUCAGUUGUGACCACCACUGUUCUGGCUAAACAAACAGAAAAUGAGACGACAAAAACGGUGAUUUGAUUGAUCUAUUGCUGUUCAUUCUGUGGCCUAUGAUACCCAGAAAGCCAGUCUGCUUUCCUGAAUUGGCACAUGGUUGAGAUGCCAUAGAUACUGUGUAUACAUGUGUUUUUGUCAUAAAAAUAAUGAAAAGUUACUGUAGGAAUGAUAUUGUUAUGAAUAUGGACUUUCAAACUCUUAGGAGGCUCUUUGACCAGGAAAAUGUCAUGAAGUAUGAAUUUAAUAUUUUCUUACAGCCAUUUCAUGACCAUACAGUUAUGUAAGAAGGCAAGCGAAUUACCAGAAACCUUGACGUUUUGUAAUAAUCGCUAAGCGAUGAGGACACUAUAUCGUAAAGUCAUAGACAAUUUCUUAAGUCAAAUUAAAUAAUAAAAAAGAUGGAACUAUACAAUAUCAGUUUCCAGAACUCAGCUCAUCACAUAUCUCUGUCAAUGCAGAUGUAUUUAUUUUUGUUACUUUUUUCUUUAGCCCUUUGGUCAGAACUAUAACCACCAAUGUACUCUAGUAUUUCAAACAUUUACAAUAAAAUACUUUAUACUAAG